UAUUAUCCGUACGCCUCGUGUGCUGCGCGAAUUUAAAAUAUUAUCGUUUAUUUGUCCUUUCGUUCGACGUUAAAUGUAAGCGACAAAAAAUAAAUGUUAUUCAAUUCAAAUAAUUAACGUUCGCGAUCAUAUUUAUUUGUGUCUAUUUUCAUUCGUACGAUUCGUUUCAGAAGAUUAUACUUAUAUUAUUAUAUAAAUAGUAUACAAAAUAAAAUUGCUUAUAUACAUAUUUUUAUUGAAUAAUAUAAUAUUAUAAACAUAAUAUAUACCAUAGAUCUUAUGAAUACUAAAUACUUUUAAAAGUGUACACGAUGUACGAAAAAUCGCACACAGUGCUACUAGAGGAUUAAUACAGUUACAGAUACGUGUUAAAAGUGUAUCCAAAAUCAGCAUGCAUAUUUUAUAUGCGGCCGCUCUGUUUUUGAUGUUGACUUUGUGUUUUAUCGACAAUGCUUCUUGUAAUGUUUCAAUGGAGCCGAGCUCGACCAUUCAAAAUGUACAACCCGUGUCACAAAAAGAAACACCUGUACAAAGACCACUCUUUGACGAUGUUUCACCUCAUAAUGUUACAGCUGUCGUUGGUCAAACUGCCAUUCUCCACUGCAGAGUCAAACAUGUAUCUGAUAGAACGGUUUCUUGGAUGCGAAAACGAGACUUGCACAUACUGACAUCCAGCAUCCACACGUAUACUGGAGACGGACGUUUCAGUGUCGUGCAUCCAGAAAACAGCGAACAAUGGGAUUUGAAGGUGGAAUUUGUACAAAAAAGAGAUGCUGGCAUAUACGAAUGUCAGGUGAACACCGAACCUAAGAUCAAUUUAGCUGUGCAACUGAACGUCGAAGGUACGGCCCAAGCCAACAUACACGGGCCCCCGGAAGUGUUCGUGAAGAAGGGCAGCACCAUCAGCCUGACGUGUUCGGUGAACGUGCACUCGACGCCGCCCAGUUCGGUGGUGUGGUUGCACGGCACCAAAGUGGUGGACUUCGACUCGCCUCGAGGUCGCGGCGGAAUCAGUCUGGAAACGGAGAAAACCGAGUCGGGCACCACCAGCCGGUUACUGGUCACCAAGGCCGGACUGUCCGAUACAGGCAAUUACACGUGCCAGCCGAGCAACGCCAACACGGCCACGGUGUUCGUCCACGUGCUCAACGGUGAACACCCUGCCGCUAUGCAACACGGUGAACACGGUGCAGGUUCCAAAUUAGCGGCGUGGUCUUGGACAUUAACCAUGGCUGCGUUUGCUCUAUCUUAUAGAUGAUGUUAAACAAACUAAUUUAAUAUUGCUCAUACUCUCGUAAGAUGAAUAGAGCAGUCAAUUUCCCAAGGAAAAAAUCUUAUAAUAAUAUGUUUAAUAUUAUUUUUUGUUAUUAAAAUUUUUAUUUAUUAUUGAAUUUGUUUUCUGUUUUAAAUUUAAAUCUUAGCAUGAUUUUAUACAAUUUUAAAACUUAUGGCAUUACAUUUUUUGACCUUUGUAUUAUAAAGGAAUCAUCAGACACUAAAUAAUUAUAGUGACUGACUAAUUAUACUUAUUUUACGUGUACUAUUCAUCCAAAAUGUAUUUAUAAUUUUUAACACUCAGGAAAAACGCAUAAUAUGUAAAACCACAGAAAUUGUUACUAUAACUGAAUCAUUCUAUUGGCUUUUAAAACAAAAACACUAAAUUUAAUUAGAUAAAAUAUGUGUAUAGAUUAUAUUAUGAUAUAUACCUAUAGUGAACCUAAAAUUGUUUAAAAAUGUGAAUUUCAAAAUGCCAGAUUCUUUUUUUUUUUAAUGUUACACGUCAAUUCAACUUACAGUAGUUUGCAGUCAAUUUUUAUUAGUUGCUGAUACUCAAUACAGUUUAUAAUAUUUUAAAAUUUGAUCUUAUAAGCCAAGUUAUGUGUACCGUUUGUACAAUGAGACAUUUAAAUAUCAAAAUUCUUAAAAGAUAUUAUGCCCGGAGAGUUUUUUUUUAAUCAUAUAUUCACAUUUCAUUUUUUUUCAUAUACAUUAUACUAUUACAUACAAACAGAAAAUACCUUACAUAUUUUAGUAGGUGUCUAAAUAUUUGUAUGAACUAAAUAAUCCAUUUAUUAUUGUUCUAUACAUUCGAUUUUAUCGAAAAAUAUAGCUUGCAGUAACAUUCGAGAACAGUUUAUUUCGUGUAAUUUUUGGUGGCCGUAAUAUAUUUAGCAAUAGCUGUUCAUAAACACCAUACAAUUACUAUUAAACCUAUUAAAUAUGAUUCCAUUAAGAUUUUAUUUUAUUUUGCCUGAAGCUUCAGAAAUAACAAAACAUGUCUAUAUUAUAACAAGCUGUAAAACUUAACAUAAAUUAUUAAUUUUAUUUCAAAAUAUUAUCAAACACCAUUUAUAUAAAAAAAAAUUAUUUAGUAUUUAAGUAUAAUUAUAUAUAAUAUAUAUAUAAUACAUAUUUAAAUGUUUAUUUGUUUUUAUGGUUUAACUUUAAAUUCUUUAACAGAAAAACGAUGUGUUAUUAAUUAUCUUUACGUUUAAAUUAUAUCAUUGCAUAAUACGUAUUCAUUUACUGAUAAAAAAAAAAAUUAAACAGACAUUGAAAUAUUAACUUAUAAAAUUAAAGUUAUCAUGCUCUUUUAAGAAUCUACAAGUAAAUUAUUUAGACAUACUCAAUGUAAUGUACAAAUUAGUAUUGGUUUUUAAAUUUCAUUAUAUAAAAGAAUUUUUUUUUAAAUUAAUUAUUUGUUUAUAAUAAAUUAUAAAACUAACGAUAAAUGGUGUAUUAAAAUUCACAAUUUGUUCUUAGUUUCUAUACAUUUUUAAUUUGUUAUGUACAUAACGAAAGUUACGUUUAUAAAUAUAUAUAUAUAUAUAUAUAUCACAAGUACGUAAGUAUAUAAAAUAUGUAUGUAUAUGUUAUAGUAAAAGUAAAUUAUGUUAAAUGAAAAAUAACACUGAUCGCUGGCCAUUAACGUUACUAUCUAUUGAUUAAAUACAUAGACGAUCAUGGUUUUAAAUCACAUAUUUACACGAAUCCCAAAAAAUAUUACUUUAAAUACUUUACAGGUACUACCUAUUAAGUUUUUUUUAAUUUAAAAUACUCUUAUAUUAUUAUUAUUGUACUGAAAUAUACUAAGUAUACUAUGUAUAAUAACUUACAUAACUUUUUACAAAAAAAUACUCCCGUUAAAUUUACUGUAACACGUAUUUUCAAAGUCUUAAAAGCCCCUUGACAAGCACAACGUUUAUUUUUGCAACUAAUUUUGUAAUAGCAGAGCUGCACUCAAGAUCUUCUGAAGACCCGCUACACAAAAUAUACUAUUUCGUACGAGACAAUAACCAGUUUUUGAAUAAAUAGUUAUUGGCUAGUGUUUUCCAAACAUUUUUUACUUAACCUCCUCUUUGAUUUUUUGUUGUUUAAAAAUCUUGCGCCACCCCUCAGAUUAAUUUUUUAAAAUUACCUUUUUUUUGUUUACACGACAACGUUAUUUUAGUACCAGUGAUUCCUAAUCAUUUUCCUAAAAAAAACUAUACAGACUUUUAAGUAUAUAAUGAUAAAUUAAUUUUUAGCAUAAUAUUAGUAUAUAAAUUAUAAAUAAAAUUGAUAUUAUCCUAAUGAGAUAAAUACACAUAAUGUCACUUCAAAAUCCGCAUUUAAUACAAUGUCCUUUGAUAAUAAUUAUUCUAAAAAUAUAAUAUAUAACUAGGUAAAACGGUAAUAAUUUGUACAACAUUACGAUAAUGCAACUAUUGAAGGAAAAUUCAAGUUGAUAAAAUUCACAUAUAAACAGCUACUGCCCACUUUUAUAAUACAAUGAAUACCCCACAAUUGAGGUUGUAACUUCAACCCCCCUCCCACCGGUUAGUUUUAUUGAUCACUUUGGGAAACGCCAAUAUACACUGACGAUUUACUUAAAACUAAAUCACAGUUCAGUCACAAAUAAAUCAUAAUCAUUCACUAAAAAAUUAUGAAAAUGCACACAUUUUUAGGCAUAUGACGUUAAUGGCCGGUUACGUUAUCUUCUGUCAUUUACUAUAACAAAUCCACAUUACACACAUUUAUAGAAUUAAAAUCAUACUUUAGCGAAAAAUGUGAAGUUUAUCAGUUACCUUAGUAUUUAGUUAUCUUUUUAACGUAAAAUAAUUGUAAAUACAAAAAUUGUAAAUAAAACCAUUAUAAUUCUGUCAGUUUUUAAUGUUGAUGUAUAUUACUACUAUUAUAGUACAAUAAUGAUCUGAAAUUAAUCCCAUUCCUGAAUGUCUAUGUAAAUUUAGUAUCAUUAUGUAAUUUUAAAAUAAAAAAUAUUAUUAUAUUAUAG